UAAAAAGGAAAGGAAGCUCAUAGGAGGUGGCCCUAGGUCAUUGCCUGUCAGGCAUGGGGCAAGCAAUCAUGGCAAAAGCUUCACUUUGCAAACAGCCUCCAACUAGGCCAUCACCACCAUGCCUGCUUCCCAGAAAUUACUCAAGCUCAGCCACAGAUUUCUGACACAAUGAAAAAGCUACACAGAUGGGAGAUUUCAUUUCAUUUUCUUAAAACGCACAUAGACCUUUACAACUGAAUGUCAGAAAACACCUCUCAGCUUCCUCUGGCCAGACAACACCAACAAGGGCCCUGUUUCCAAGGCAGGCGCGAGAUCCUAAAGUCCAGCGGCCUAUUUUUAUUUUUAUUUUCAAAAUGUCCAUAGUUGGUCUUGAAGCCACCACAACUCCUGGGAGAGGUUGGGGGGGGCGAGAGGAGGAAUGUUUGCAGGAUGGUGAUGUGUCACCAGCUCCUCCUCUUGGCCAGAGAUGGUGGUAAAACAGUUGCUCUGGCAGUGGAAUGGGAUGUGUGGAACAGGGGUGGUGGUGAAAGUGGCUCCUCUUGGGGGGUGGGAGCUGCUUCUCUUGGUGGGGCAGGGUGGGAACAGCUUGAGUGGGGUAGAGGGAGCUCUGAGGGGUGGCUUGGACCAGAAGAAUCUCCUUUCUGUCCCAGUGUAAAAUUUCUUCAGGGCUGCCUUCUGGCCUAGAAAAGAGAGAAGGAAGGUACUUUACAACUGCCAAGUACAGCACAGCCACCAGUCUGACUCACAAUGGGAGUAUCUCCCCACCCCACACCCCACAGGCUCCUGCUCCUGAAGGUAUUUUUGAAGGUGGGGGACUGCCUGAUGUGCCUGCCUGCCCACCUUUUCGUCACAGCACUGAGGUGAAGGCUCUCAAUAUUGGGGGGUGGUAGUGGUGGUCAAGGAUUUUUCAAAGACCUCUCCAUUUGCUCUCUUCUCCAGCUUUGGGCCCUCAGCCACUUCUCUCUUUACAGGAGCAUACCUGACACUCUAGGCUUGGAUGCACCCCACUUAGUUGCUUUUGAGUCUAGGGGAACAGAGAGGGGCACUCUUGAACAGCACAUGGGGAUCAGGGUGAGGUGAGGACUUGCAAUACUUACACAAUGAAAAUGAAAGUGGAAACCUCUUCAGUUUUCUCAUCCUACAUGAAUGACUUGCUCUGGAAGAGCAGCUAGGAGAUUGGCACCACUGGAGACCACCCUCUGUGCCUUCUUGAACUCAUUUGUUUGAUUCUUUCCCCCAACACACACAGGCAGCUUCCACCAAUUUGUUCUCUGGCUCUAGAGUCACAUGAUUCAUACUCCCCUUCCAUUUCAGCCCACUGACCUGCCUCUCACAACUGAGGCCAUGUGCAGAUGGGUCAGAACUUUCAUAAGAGGAAGUGGAAUGGAAUACCAAGUCCUCCACAUCCCCGUUCCUUUGGCCUGCUAGAGCACCAUCCCACCCCCCAACUCCUUGCUUUUAGCCUGCUGAGCUUCUCUGAGAGCUGCUUGAUGGUCUGGAAGAUAAUCUUGGGUGAGACAUACAGGGCCACUGCUGAACCUUUGAGGGGGGUGGGCAAAGCAUCCUUCAUACCCUCCACCUCUUCUGAGCAAGAGGAGACAUCGGUGGGGGGUGGGGAGGAGAAAGAAUUGUGAAGGGGGGAAAAACUGAAUUACAGGAAACACAUUAUAUGCCCAGCACUCUCAGAAAACUCCCAGGAAGUACCAAGAUGGGAGGGCAGAAAAAAGGGAGAUAUAUCUAGGAGUCAAGCACUUGCACAUUAAAUCUAAAAAGGUUUUAAGCAAGAACAAUCUGCUUCCAGAAGGAUCCACAGAGUCCCCUGCUCCUGUCCCAUCAUCCCCUUGUGAUGUCUUCCCUUGCACACUGUAGGAUCAGGAUCAGUAAGGUGGGAUAGUCUGCAGUUGCAGCUUGUCACAAUACAAAAGGGUUGGGGUUUUUUUGCAGAUGGGAAGCCAUUGACAAGGAUGGCUGAGAUGGCACAAGCCAACUGUGUUCUGUCCCCCCCCAAAAAAAACAAAUCCCAAUGGGGAGCUCUCACAGGGACAGGCUUGCCUCCGGCAUCUUGAGACCACCCUUGGCCCUAUUCCCCUGGCAGAAAUGCCCAUCACAUAUCUGCUUCAACUCUACCAGAGGGAGGGCAAUCUGAGGGCAAUCUCAGAGAAGAUACACCUCCCCCAUUAGCUAUGGCCUCAACCGGCAGUCACAGGCCCACCUUUCUGUGCCAUUUUGUGGUGGCUGCCAUCCCCCUCCAUGUUUUCCAGCACCUCUAGGGGGCUCCUUGGGAAGAAGCACCUGCAUCUCCAUGGGUGGGUGGGCAGGUGUAUGGAAGAUAACAAAACAGGGCAAAGGGCUUACUCCCAGAUUUUGACCUCCAGCUCAAUAACAUUGGGAGAUUCUUAGAGAGAGUGGCGAUUGGGAAACAUUUUGCUGUGGGGGGGGAGGGGGGAAAAAAAGGCAUUGGAGAGUCUAAACCAAAACAGCCACCCCAUCAAUGUCCAAAAUGGGAAGAAGACAAUAGUGGGGAGGAGGGGUGACAACAGAGAAGACCUUCCCUCUCUCUCUGGUCUUUUCAAAGGGAGAGGCAGGAAAUGAGCAGGAUACUCCCAGAAUGCCUUGCAACCCUGUUGGAUCUUCACUGCUGGGGGGGGGGGGCGGUGUUUGUGUGUGUGACUAUCACCAGAAGUCCCUAAUCUCUUGCAUAUCUUGCUUCUCUGCUCCAGGGUAGGGGAGACUGCACCAUCCACCCAUCAAGCUUCACCCACACCUCAGCAGCAAGCAGCAGAAUAGCAACAAACAUGCAUGACUGAAAAAGCAAGAAAAUGGGGAAGAUAAACAUGCCACACCCGCACACAGAAAAGUCUGGUCCAAAAUCUGAUCUGUUUGUGACAUAAGCCAUGGCCGCUAUCUGGAAGCCCACUUGAAGUCCUGGGCUGUUCUCCCAAGACCCCUCAACCCUCUCCUUCCACCUCAGCAGUUUGACCAUGAAGGGUCCCUUCGCUACCAUCUUCAUCUUCUACUCCCUCCUACCAAAAGGGGAAAUGGGGUGGUAGGAAACAGCAGGUAAAAACCUUACAUCUUCUUUUCAGAAUAUGUUGAAGCCACCAGCUCAUAGAUCUGAGGCCCUGGUUCAAAAGUGGAAAUGAUGAAGAGGACUCACACAUUUGAAUGGAGAAAAGAAACAAGAUGGAGGAAGAGGUAACACGCCAGGGCUGCCUUGUUUAGCUUACAACCUUUAAACAAGGAAACAUGGUUUUAUGGUCUCCCUUUUCAUCUGUCAUGGUCCGGUUCACGGGUGAUCAAAGUCCCAGCUGGGGACGUCAGGACCGGGAGCAAGAUGGUGGGGUGGGAGCCAGAAUGGGAGUCCAGAAGCCAGGAGUCCGGAAGCCAAGAGGCCGAGGGUCAGAGAGCUGGGAGUCAAGAAGCCAAGGGUCCGAGGGCCAGGAAGUAAGGAGUCAUGAAGUCAAAGAUCUGAGGAUCCAGAAGCAAGGAGUCACAAAGGCAGGGGUCCGAGGAUCAAGAAGCAAGGAGUUGUCGGGGCGUAUUGAUUUAUUGCUCAGAUAAGCCUGAGGUCCGGCACAGGAGUCACAAGUCAAGGGUCCGAGGAGCAAGGAGUCAAGGAACCAAAUGCAGCGAGGCAGGGAAUGUGUUGCUGUGGCAAAGAGCUGAAGGGAAAUACUGACCUUAUAUCCCUUCCCAGCUCUUGCCACCAGGUGCUGUGAGUUACCAAUCAGCCUCACCUGUGAGGCCGCGCCUUGCCUCUUCAGAACAAACGUAGGAAGGCCCCAGUCCUGGUCACAGGGCCUGGCUCCUGCAUGCACACCUGACAUCAUCCAUGAGCAGAGCUGAACAUCUGCUUGUUGUCUGAGGAGCCCAGCACCCUCUUGCUAUGGCAUUUUAGUACCAGCCUUGCACCCUUUUGCUUCAGGAACACUAGCAGAUCCUUGUACAGCAACAUAUGCAAGUCUAACAGAAGCACAGACAGUGAGAGAGGUUGUUGUUAACCUGCUUUAUGUAUCCUGAUGAAACAUUGUGUGUGUUUGGUUGCAGAAUCAGGCCAAAGGCCCACCUACGUCAGAGGAACAAAGGAAGCUGCCUAUGCCACAUCAGGCCAUUGGCAUCCAUCUAGUUCAAUACUGUUGACACUGAAUGGCAGCAUUUAUAAGUUCAAUCGGUCUGUUUGAGUUCACUUUUGUGAAAUCUUUUUCUGGCUUCAAAAUUAGGAUUAAUGAACAUUUUCCAUGUUUGUGGGACUGCCCCCAAGAUGUAUAAUAAUGUAUAAAUUGAAUAAUUUUGCAAACCAUGGGGAGAGCUCAGUCUGAAACACUUGGUAAUAUUCGCCGGAGAAUCCAUCUAGUCCCAGUGAUUUUCCUGUCCUAAGGUGCUUAAUAACAUUAGUAACCACUUCCUGAGAAAUUGAAGUGAGCCUGCAAUGCUCAAACCGGAUCACAAUGUCCCUUGGGAAUUCAUCUGCUCUGCUUUUCCCAGUUGGGACUCUAUGAGCCCCCUCUAAAUCCACUGAGGGCAAUGGAAUAUAAAUGGAACCAUAUCCGCCCCUUCUACUUUUUCAGGUAAACCACAACGUUUAAGGUUUUCUGUCUGUCUCUGUCUGAUUUUUCUUCUAGCUUAAGUGCUAGAUCGUCAGUUGCCUUUUGAAGCAGCUGAAUUUCAGAUUGAUUUUCAAGGGCUGUAUUCAUAGCUUCAUUAGAUGUUUUGGAGAUUUCCUUAAGGUCUCCCAAUAGUGAGUCAAAUCAUCUUUCAAAGAAGACUAGAGCAAUUGCCCAGUCUGAGGCUAGCGCUUGUCGGAUUCAGUUUAUGUAAGCGCCUAUGACACCCUGUCACCCUCCAUAUUGAGAGCAGAUUUCCCGCCUUUUUGUUGCCCCAGGCCUCCCAUUGCCAUUAUAGAGUAGGCCUUGCGUAAGGCCUCAGAACACAUACUAUUUUCUCCCUUAAAUCAAGUUUUACAGUUUUGCUUUUUGGACCUUGAGCAUUACUUUACUGGAGCUGUACAUUUCUGGAUGCUAAACCGCUUUUUAAAGAUCACUUGAUGCAUUUAUUAUCCUGUGCUGAUCAGAUAUAUUUUGAUCCUUGGCUAGCCAUGCCCCUGCAUUUCAUUUCAUUUCAUUUCAUUUCGUUUUUAUCCCACCAUUUUCUAAGCAGCUCAAGGUGGUGUAUAUGGUCCUCUGUCUCAACUGUUUAUGUGGAUGUGCAAACGCAGGGGGGUCCUCAUGAAUCAUGCGACAGCUUUGGAGGUCAAGGGGCAGAAAAAGGCAGCAUUUAAAAGAGGGGAAGAGUAGUAUAAAGCCAGGAACUCAGGCAGAGGGGGAAAAGGAGGCCAUUUGAACUCUGUCACUGGUGGGUUGCUGAUCUGUUCCAGAGAGGUGGUGUCCAGGUACUUCAAAUAUUUGUCAGGCACUGCUUGUUUUCUACCUGCUUCACUGCCUCUUUUACGUACCAGAGAAUCUCUUGGCAUUUGUCCCAGACCGGGCAAAACUUCUUGUGCUCCAAGGCCUACUCUCAGCAAAGAAGGUGCAGUGUGAGAGAGAUGGGCUGACAGUUACUAGUGGUUUAUUUUUAUUUACCAAAAAUCUGCAGUCUGCUUUUGAAAAACGGGUGGUCCCAAAGCAGUUCACCACACAAAGCAGAAACGUUGCAUUUAAAAGCUUGCAUUUAGAACAAACUGGUAUUGUAAAAUCAGAUUUAGAGGCAGGCGCAGGAGCCAGACAUAAUGCAAAACGAUCCUUGUUUGCCGAUACAAGAGUUGGUUCCUGAACAACACUUGCACACUACAGGCACAGACCCACAGUGUGCUAAUGCAAAUGUGUGUGCAUAUUACAUAAACACACAGCAUCACCUAUUUGCGUGCUGACAUUUCACAGUAAGCCAUGCUCAAAGCAGGUCACAACAUUCAAAAGUUAUUUACAUAAUAACAGUGCACAGUUCAUUCAGCCAAGUGGAUACUUUGGGGAGGUGUCUGUAUGUCUCUUUUCUCUGCAUUGCUUUAAGAGACCCCCCCCCCCCCCAAAAAUUAUAACUGAUUUCAUGGAAUAAGACCUGCACUCCUUAGGUCUGACACUCAGCCAUGUCUGUGAAGAUUGUGUUUUUGCUAAUAAAGAGUAAGCUUCAACUUUGAACGGUGUGAUUUACUGCCUGGCACGCUUUCUGACAAUAGGUUUGGCCAUCUCUCAAUAUAUUUUGGCCAAACUCAGCAUGAGGGUUCCUGAGGUGGGACUGGCAGUUGUCAUUGAUGUUUGGACACCAGCCACCAUUUUGACUCAAUAUGGCAGACUUUGGUAUGACUUCACCUGUUUUAUGACAUAGGUUAGGCCUCGUAAGAUAUCGUUGCUCAGCAUAAGGGUUCCCAAGGAUGGGGGCCAGUAGUUUUCAUUGAUGUUUGGAUGCUGGGUGCCAUUUUGAUUCAAAACGGCAGACUGAAACAUGACUUUGGCAUGAUUUCCCUUGAAUUUUGGCAUGAUGAGUCCACACUCACAGAUAACAUUACUCAUUUUAAAAACACUUAUUUGUUUCUACAAAUCUGUGGGUGGCACCAGGCACUCCCUGCUAGUGUGUGUAUAUGUGUAGGCUCCUAAGCAGGCUCAAAUGGAAAGGAUGACGGGGGGGGGGGGGUUGGGUAGAGAAGAUUUUAGGGAGAAAGUGUGGGUCUAUCUCCUUAUUUAUUCCCCCUACACCCCAUUCAGGUUGUAUGAACAGGGGAGAUGGGGGAACCUGUACUCUUGUCAGGCCCUUUGGGGAAGGGUUGGGAAGUGGGGGUCUCCUGCUCCGCCCCCCAUGCCAAAGGUUUUCUCCCUCAACCACCUCUCCCCAGACAGGGGGUGGCCAUAGCAAGCAGCACCCAGAUCAAGCCCUUUUGGUGAUAGGGGAGGUCAGGGAAAGCGGGAAAAGGGAAUAUGCCUCUUUCUAGCUCUCUUCUCCCCACUGCAGGGGGCACAGUACCCCGAGAGAUCCUGGGGGAGCUUCACACGUGCCCGUUCUGCAGGCGUGGCGGCGGCGCCCUUUGGCGAGCAGGUGACAGGUGGAUGGAGGGGGAUGCCUUGACUCGGCCAUCGGCGCUGCUCCUGCGCCCUCUAGUGGCCAACGGGGCUCGCUGCAGCCGCCUCGGCCCUGCCUCUUUCCCCGCCUAGCUGCUGCCGGGGUUUGGUUGCCACGGCGACCGCGGCCUACACAGCCGUGCGAGGCCUGAGCUGAGUUGAGGGAGGGGGUUGACCUCGAUACUGAUAUACCGCUGUUACCUCUGAGGCGCGGGGCGGGGUGAGGUGGGGGGUGGGAAGAGGCUUCGUCAUGUGGCCUUGGCAGGGAGACACACCUGCUCCAAUAAAAGUGGGCGCAGCCUCGCCUUAGAGAGCUUCAGCCCCCCCCCCUCAAAUCCUGCCCCAUCUCCCUUAGGGUCUUUCUUAAUAAGUCGCCAGCACCCACUUUGAGGCCCCUCCUGCUCGUUAGGGACUCCACCCCACAUAUCCCCAUGGCUGAUCAUCAGUUGCUCCCUCUUUGUCCCGUUUCCAGACCCUCAUAGGGACCCCCAUCCCACUGCUACAGAAACCCCCUCCCUCGUUAAGCCAAGGAGAGAGCCUUCUGAUAGAAUUUUGAAUCUAACAGAUCCCCCCUCCAGGGAUCUCCAACAUCUCAAAAAAUCAGUCAUAAUCUCAGGGACCUUGAAGCCUCCCCCAAUCUCUGUGCUGCUUCUCCCAGAAUUCAUUAUUUUCCCUCCCCCAGCCCUCACAUCUUUCAGCUCUUGUCCCCAUUCAGGGACCUUCGCCCUCGACUUCCUACAAUCUCAUGGUUCGUUUCUUUGUCCUCACAGAGUCCUUUCCAGAGGGAGGGGCGCCAUGGGGAAAAAAGGAGAGCGGGGGGCCAAGGACAAGGCUGCAGCCUUGGAAGAAGAAGCCAGGAAUGCUGCCAGAAGGGCUGAACAUGGGGAAGGUAGGAAGAUCUACUCUGCCCCCCCCCCCCCACCUCUCAUUCUGCUUUGACUCAGCCACUCUCUAGGGAAGUUUUCAGUCUCAUGAAGAUCCUGCUUGGCUGAUAUAUGGUGGCUUGCUGAGUUGAGUUCCAUAGCUGAGCAUGGAUUGCAUCCCAGCUCCACUCUAUUCUAGCCACUAGCUGCCACCACCCACAUACAAUCUUAGGAUCUGAAUGCCAGCUGCUUGGUCUCUCUAAAGCCCUCCCGGGGCUUCUCCCCUUUCUUCACAGAGGAAUACCAGUGCACAGGGAUCCUGGAGCAGGAUUUCUUGGAGCUCUGCACCCGGGCUGGAUUCCAAGAGAUCCCAAAAGUUACACUGAGGCCACACCCCAAUUCUUUCGCUGUCCAGGGUGAGUGGUGCUCGUUCCUCUCAAUAACUUCAUUGGGCUUUACAUCCUCUGUAAUAUUUCCCCACUUCACAAUGAGGCACAUGAGUUACAAAUCGAGCCCAAUGCUGGGGUUGGGGGUUGAGAGUUUAAGGCAGUUCUCGGUCCUAUCUCCCCCGCCCCUUGGAUGUUGCUAGUUCUCUGUGGCACAAUCCUGACAACAAAUGAUUGUGUCUUUGCUCAAAUGCUGAAUCUGGUAGCAUUUUUUUUAACAGUGCCUCAGUUACCAGCAUGGGGGCAAUCAAUUCCAUAAAGUAUUAUAAACAUCCCAGGCAUCUCCAGGUUGAGCUUGGAAAGAUUCCUGAGAGCUGCUGACAGUCAGUAAUCGCUAGAGGGACCGAUGAUCUGAGGUGCUUUAAGGCAGCUUCCUAUGUCCCUGUUUAACUCAAUCAGAACCAUGAGGACUGGAGUUUAUUUUUAGAGGAAAAGGAGUAUCUUAGUGGCAGAGCAUCUGCCUUGCAGAAAGGAGGUCACAGAUUCAAUCCCCAAUGGCACUUCCAUGAAGGGCUGGGAAAGUCUUCUGGUCUGAAACCCUGGAGAGAACUAUUGGUCAGUGAAGCCUGGAUUGGGUUAGGUGGACCUCAAAGGUCUGACUCGAUACAAUUCAGCUUCCUAUGUAAAGAUGGCCAUCUCUUGAAGCUAUCUAUACCUCCAACAUCCGUUUUCACAGGAGAUUAGGCAUGCACUUGACCAGCCUUCCCCAACAUGGUGGCCUCCAGAUUAUGUUGGACUGCAAAUCCCAUCAGCCUUAGCCAGCACACCCUGCGCCUGUCAGCCCCAGCAUUGUAUGGACAUGCUGGCUAGAGCUGAUGGACGUUUAACAUCUGGAGGGCACCAGGUUGGUGACAGUCACCUUUACACUUUGUGGGUGGGUGCAGACAGAUGGGAGAGCAAAAUGCUACCCUCUUGGGAAUGGCCAGACCAAAGAGGCAGCUGGAGAGACAUUAGAUAAGGUGGAAGAGGCCAGGUAAGAUUAUUGCUGAGCAGAGAGGAGGCCACGUCUGGUCAAUAAAUCCAGAAGGGUUUGGUGCUCUGUAGGUUGCCAGCUUAGCUUCCCUCCUAGAACGAUGUCUUGUUCCUUAUGGACCCAUGAGAGAAGCUGCCAGGCUCUUUCCUCCUUGUUGCUCCCCUGGUGAGCUCUGACUUGUCUCCACAGAGGAGCCUGACCCACUGGCCGAGAGGGAGGGUCCCUACAUCAUUGCACAGAUCCAGUGCAAGUACGCCUUCUUCCGCCCCACCAUCCAGGUGGAUUUGGAACAUGAGGAUCCCAAAACCACUAAGGAGAUCUUCAUCCGGAGUGAGUGAGGUCGUGUCCCUCUCCCUGGUCCACACAGACCUUCCGUCUCCCCUCUUUGUGCCCCCGGAGCAGGGUGGGCUGGGGGCUUCAAGGCCAACGAAAGCCCCACCUGCUUUUCUCUGUCAGCAGACUGGAAAAUUGAAGACAAGAUGCUGGGUAUCUUUGCCAAGUGCCUGCCAGCUCUUUCCCACCUCCAAUCAAUUCGGUGAGUGGCACAAAGUCCUGGGGCAGGGGGCAUGGCUUUCAGGCUAGUGGUUCACCCAACAUCCUCCUGCAGGCUAAAGGGGAAUACUUCUCCUGAAUUCCCAAGUUUCAUCCACUCUGCUCUCCUUUCAGGCUCUGGAAGGUUGGCCUGACAGACGUCACCUUCCUCUCUCUCCUCUCCAUUGUGCCAACCUGCUCCACACUCAGGUAAGUCUUGGCUCAGAGCCAGUCAGGCCUCAGCCAGGGUCUCCUCCCCUCUGUCAAGUGAUGAGGCAACCACCUGGGAGUCCAGAGGCAGGCGGGGUGGUCACUCGCAGCAGGCAGGAGCAAGGGCUGAGGCCCAGACAAGGAGGAGGGCAACAUAUUUCUCGGACGGAUGAACUGACUGGAAGGCUGGGCUUUUAGGGGCCCAAGUGAGCCAGAAUUGUGUGAAUGGGGGCCAGGGCUGAGGUGGAACCCUUGGCACCAGGGAGCUUUGGGCCGCCUGAUGCCCUGAGAUGCUGUUGGGCCCCCACCAUCCAUGAUCCUUGAUUGACCAUUGGCCAUGCUGGCUGCUGGGUCUGCUAGGAGUUGGAGCCCAACAACAACUGGAGGGCCACAGUUUGAGAAGAGAUGGCUUAGCCAGCCAAGUUCACGGGAGAUGGCAAAUGCUGCUGGCAUAGACAGGAAGGUGUUCAGUCUUGACACCCACUUCCUGCCUGCAGGAAUGCCCUGGUUACUUGAUCCCACAAGCACCAUCUUGAUUUUUUCUUUUUAAAAAUAAGAUCAACAAUAGAAUAACAGAAAGGGGCAAAUGCCUGACAGUGGCUCAUGUGCAUUGGGUGGGCAGAGAAGGGGAGCAUAUCCACACCCCUCUUCUCAUUCUGCUUGCAGGACACUGGCCGUGGAGGGAAACCCUAUGCGUGAGCGAGUGUUCCACAAGCUGAUUGCUGAAGAGACCAAGUGAGAACUGAGGGGAGGCCUGGGGGGAGAUUGGGAGUGGAAGACUGAGCUCUGGGUGUGUCUGGGUGAGGGCGUGUGCAUGCAUGCGUGCAUGGAGGUCUCUUGCCUCUAGCACACACAGAGCCCAAAGGAAGGGAAGGACCACAGCUCAGCGGCAUAGAAUGUCCAAGGCCCAGUCCCCGGGGAUGAGAAAAGAUUCCUGCCUAAAACACUGUACAGCCACUCUGCCAGUCAGUGUUUACAAUACUGAGCUAGAUGGACCAGUGGUUUGACUUGGCAUAAGGCAAGACGGGAGCCAGAAAAAUAUGUGUCAGGUGCAAUUGCAGUAAUCCAGGCCCUCUCUAGGGCAGCUGGGUGCCCAGUCCUGCUGAGAAGUGGCCUCUCUUUUCUUUCUUUCUUUUCCUCUCCUCUCAGCUUGGCCCACAUUUCCCUCCGGAACAACGAGAUCGAUGACGAGGCGGCCUUACUGAUUGGACAGGCGCUUUCUUCUCUCAAGGGCUCAAACAAGAACCUUGCCUCCAUCAACCUCAGCUAUAACCACAUCACAGAUGUGGGUGCUGGCUACAUCGCCGAUGUGAGGAGGCCUGAGGCAGCUCUGCACUUAGGCAGAGGCCGAAGGAUUCAGGGCCUACAUUCUGCUCUUGGAGGUUCAGGGGAGGGAGGGUGACUUUCUCCGAAGAAAGCCAGGAGUGGGAGCUUCUGGCAAGAGUGCUGUAGGGACAGACUGGGAGGUGGUUUAGAAAUAGCAUCCCAAGACUGAAGAGAUGGGAGAGAGUGGUUUGUCAGGAUGGAGGAAAGGCUCUGUGGGAGUGCAGUCCCACUGUCAGUUUACAGCUGACCACUGGCUCUUUGGUGAUCCAGUAGCAGUUUGCCCUUUUUCCUUGGUGUGGCUGGAAAAGUCUCUGUUGGUAAUUUUGGCGUAGUGAAAGCUUUUUGGUUCUCCUAGCCAGGCAUGGCCAAACUUGGCCCUCCAGCUGUUUUGGGACUACAAUUCCCAUAAUCCCUGACCAUUGGUCCUGUUAGCUAGGGAUGAUGCGAGUUGUAAUCCCAAAACAGCUGGAGGGCCAAGUUUGGCCAUGCCUGUGACCUAGGCAGAAGAUGCCAUUGGCUAGAGUGCCCUUUUUCCAAGGUAGCUUCCUUUGGCAAAAGGCAACUCGCAUAUUGGAUUGGAAUGCAGGAAAAUAGGAUCAGCCGUUGCUGACUCCCCAUUGAAACAGACAUGCAACUGUUAUAGAAGGGCAGCCCUUGUGAGGCAGCUGCUGUUUUGAAAGGCAUCCUUGCUUUUCACAACCCAUUUGGACUGGCAGUGCUGCCGAGAAUCACACUGGUGUACGUAGACACAUCCAACAGUGCUCACAGAACAAAUUGGGAGUUUGCCCAUCAGUAUUUGGAAGCCUCAGAGAGUUGCAUCCAGGGUGGUUGCAGUCCUGGGACUGCUCAGCACCCGGGGCCUUCUCUCCCGGAGAAUGUGACCUUGCUCUCCUUCCAGUCCCUUGGCCUCCAGCCACUUAAUCCCCCCUGUGCUUUUUCCUCCAUGUCUUUCUGGCUCCUCCUGCACAGGGCCUGCGGCUCAAUCGUUCGCUGCUUUCCUUGUCGCUGGCGCACAACCAGAUCAAAGAUGAAGGAGCCCUGAAGCUCGCAGAGGUCAGUCUGGCUGUGGCCCUUCAAGCGGUUCAGGAGGUUCCCCUUUUUGGGAAUGGGAUGUGUGGGACAGGAGCCCUAAUUGACAACAUUGCUGCCUCCCUCCCCUCUAUAGCAGGCUGGCCUCUGCAGCCAGGGCAAGGAGAACAGCAAGUGGGUCCAGGGAGGGAGGAAUAUCUCACCGUCCCAACAGCCUUGCCCUGCUCACUCCACAGGUUCUCGGCCCGUUUGCCCUCACACACAUGGAGGUGGUAGAGAGGAGGCGGCUUCUGCUGGAGAAGGAGGUCCAGGAAAGAUGUCGCUUGGUAAGCAGGAAGGAGAGAAGUGCCAGAGGAAGUGGGGGGGGGUGGAUGAGUGGGCUCCAGAACCCCCCUCUCUAGGGCCUGAAGGUUUGCAGCAGAAGCUGGCUUUGCACAGAGCUAUUUGGCUUGCCUCUGCCAUGGCCUCAUAGAGAAACUGCCCACCAGCCCUAAAUCUCUGGAACUGUUUCUUCUUGUUCUUGCACUUUUUGUUGCUUAUUUUAGGAUGAACCACAGUUGCUCAUGUAGUUUUUAUUAUUAUUAUUAGAUAAAUUUUAAAAAGCUGUAAAACUUACCAGAAGUAUGGGUGGAGAGGGACCACAAAUGGCUGAACCAGCGUUCAGUUUGCUAGGAUGCAUGUCAGUCCUUCCAUUUCCAAAGCCAGGCUCCCUCUAUGGCUGCACCGCACAUUGCAACUUUCUCGCUCUCCCUUUCCCUCUGAGUCUCCUGCAAUAAGUAACAGAGCUUGCGCAGUAGGAGACUACCCUGAUCCAUCUCUGCUGCCACUGGGCUGGGGAAUCAGCACAGGGCCAUUUCUGCCAAGAGGCUGCUAUUCUUCUGAGCCGACUCUUUCCACUCCUCUCUCUCAAGCCACAGAGACAUGCGGAACUGAAAAACGAGCGCCCCUCCAGCCACAUGAGCAGCAUAGCCCUCGAUAAGCUGCAGACAGCCAAGACCACCAAAGCCAUCACUAAGAAGAAGGAGAAGGAGAAAGUGAGAGCCCUGGAGCAAGCCAGGAGACAGUCUGAAAUGAGGGGACCCUAGGAAUGCUGUUUUGAAAGGCCUUGCCCUCACUGUGGUUGAGGGAGGCAGGGGGUAGUGGAGAGAUGGGGUUUUCUUCUUGUCGGGAGGCUGAUUCUCCUCCUCCUGUUUAUCUCCCAUGGCUUCUGCCUCUCUACUUCCAGAGGCUAGGCUGGGGACUGUUGGGUGCAAGGACUUUUCUGUGGUGGCUCCCCAUUUGCACAGAUAGCAUCUCAGAGGCAGGGAAGAGCCUUUGAUCCUCCCUAGCCUUGGCUGCUGCUUUUCACUUCUGCUUCCACUGACUCUUCAUGUGCUUUGCCAACCUCAUUUUCUGCUCUGCUGCUAAUUGGUGUGGAAGCCAUUUAGCCUGAAAGCCCCCUUGAGGCAGGAUCCAAAUGAACCUAUCCUCCUUCUCCUAAAUGCUGCACAGUUUCCUCUGCCAGGAGGGGGCCUGCAUCCCUCCCCACCCCCUGGUCGUUCCCUUCUACUGUCCCAGCCUCUAAAUAUAACCCCCUGACAACCAUCCCCUCCCCCACCCACUUCUGCCGCUCUAAUUAGCAAAGUGAAAUAUAAAAGCUUUUCUACUUUCUUACUGUCUCUCAUUGGUUUUGUUUACUGCUUUGUGUCACCCUUCUAGCUGUGGAAUUCAUUUAGUAAGUGAAGGAUGGAGGGAGUACCAAGACUGGGUUCCCAGUCUGGGAUACAUCCCCUUCCCCCUCCCCAAUUAUCUCAGCCCUGACCCCUUCUUCUUUCCCUUCCCACCAGCGCAUUUGGCUGAGGUGUGAUUCAGGAUGCGGGGUUGGAUUUGAAUAGGGUUGCCAUAUUUCAAAAAGUAAAAACCAGGACACUCCAAACUUUCUUGAGCUUUUUCUUUUUUCUUUUUAGGAAAACCAAAAAUUUGUUAAGCAUUUUUUUUCCAAAAGUGCUUUUUUGAUUGACUUGCCUAAGAUCCAAGACCAAGUGACGCCUUUCGGAAAUUCCCCCCAGAUGUCAAUUCCGCCUUUGAAAUCCCAGUAAUGUUCAGGAAAAUCUGAACAAAUGGCAGCCCUAGAUUUGAACCAUUUUUAGAGGGGUGGGGGAAGGGACUACGUACUACCUAUUUAUUAAAAAAAAACCCCAAACCUUCCCUUCUUUCUAGGAACUUCCUAAAAAGGAUGACAAGGGCCAGGCCAGUGCAGCAACAGCUGCACCAGCAACUCCAGCAGCUCAGUCCAAGAAGGAAGACUCCAAGCAGGCCAAGAAAGGUGCCCUGAAAGCCUUCUUUACUGCUAUUUCCUCCCCCUCCCUAUGGACUGUUUUCAGACCUUCACUGGCACUCGCAAGGGCUGCUUGACCACAGCCUUCUUGAUUUCCCCCCUACAGCGGCUCCUCCUGCCGAACAGAAAGCCGCCCGGGGCAAAGGAGCAAAAUCGGGCACCAAAGACAAACGGGCUCAAGUCAUAGAAGUGGAGGUGAGGCUCAUUCGAGCAUCGUCCAGCUCAGCUCUUGACCUGGCUUAGUUCUUCAAGGAGGAAACUGGUAGCCCCAGCCCCUCACCCUUCCUUGACACUAAGUGGCCAAACCUCAAGGCAAGGAUCCUUCCCCUCCUCCUUCACACAGGGACCAUCUGUGGCCCCCCAGAUUGUGUGUUUGGAGCCCAAGAGCAAUAAUGGCCAGUAGCCAGGGGUGGUGGGAGUUUCUUCCCUGCCCCAUCCACACACCAGCCCUUCCAGCCUCACAUGUCCGCACAUUCAGAGAGUGUAGGAGAGGGCUGGGAAACAUCUAUGGGCUUCCCAGUGUUUCUGGACUGUAGCUCCCAUCAUCACCAUCAUCAUCCUUGACCGUCAGCCAUGCCGGUUCCUGCUAGGGAGCAUAGAUGACCCCCCCACACACACACAUUACUCUAGAGUUGAGUUCAACAAGCUGUUGAAUGGCUGCCAUCUUUCCUACAUGGUGCCUUCGCCUCACCAGCUUUUCUGUUUUCCUGGGCAGGUGAUAGAGCCCACCGAGAUGGUGAAUCCACUGCUGGAGCCAGCAGAGCACAGGGAUGGCCAAGUCUUCCUGCCAGGCAACCGGGUCCUCAUCUACUUGAACCUCAUCCGUACGUCUCCCCUGGAGCAGCAGGGCCUGGCUGGGCCAGGCGGGGUGAAGAGGUUGACUCACCUAGCGGCUUUUUGUUGGGAGCCAAGGCCUUUCAUGGGGCUCCUGACCAGCCAACCCAGCUGCUGUUGUUUCCUGAUUUGUAGAUGACUCUAAGCAGAGCCAAGUGCUUGGCCAGCUGUGCCGGCUCUAUUCAGUUCCCAAGAUGGGCUUGGAGAGGGUGGGGACGGGAGGAAGCACCCUCUGAACUGGGAGGGAGAUCCUGAGCUUAAUUCUCUUCUUUUGCUUCGUGCCCAAACUCAGGUAACCAAAUCACAGAGAAGGGCUUGCAGGCCUUUCUGGUCGCCUUGGAGCAGCAGAGUGUUAGGGUGGCUCCUGGAGGCAAAGGGCCGAUGGGCCUCCUGCGGCUGUCACUGGCGGUGAGUUUGGGGACGGGGAUGGGGAGAAUAGCUGAGCCUUUGGGGCCUGGUUCUUUCCAUCUGAAACUUGUGCCCUCCCUCCUUUAUGGGAUUGAGGAUGAGCUGGGGAAGCCUUACUGGUACUGCAAGCUUUGCAGGUACCUGCCUCCCUCAAUCCCUCACCUGGAUCAUUUAAAACUGUUUCAGAAAAACAACUAUCCAGUGGACAGCAAGACCUAUGCCAGGAUCCAAGAGCUCAUGUGGACACGUGACCCCGUUCCCAGGUCAGGGACAGCAGCCAGGGUGGCAGAAGAGGAGACGGGGGCGGCGUAGAGCUUUAGCUGGAGAGCACACAAAAAAUCCAGGAUGAUCCCACUGGCCUCCUCACAGCGCUCCUUGGAUUCAAGCAUCACUUGUCAUUUGAACGCAGGAAGAGGGAGGAAACUGCUUCCCAACCCAAUUCAAGAGAAGUGCAAAUAAACCUGAUGCUCAUCUCCUCACUUAAGGGUGCAGGAUCCUGUACUAAUUUAGGGAAAGAUUUCAGGGGGAGGAAUCACUCUGUGGAUGAGAGGCAGAGAAUUGACUUAAUGGGACUGCCAAGUCAGAGGGUCGUAGCAAUAUUUAUCCUGCUGACAAUGGAAUUAGAGAACUCCAAAUCCACCAUCCCUGCCUGAUAAUAUGCAUAAAAUCCAGGUUAUGGAGUAAAUAAGAGGCCUCACCUGCUAGGUUGACAGCAGUUGGACUUGGGGACAUCUAGGAGAGACCCCCUCCCCCUAAAAUCAUUGCUUUCUUGUGGCAGGAUGGGGCAAUCACUGGGGUGGGGGAUAUGGCAUGGCCACUAAGACCAUGGUAAUACCUACUCCAGCCUGCUGCACCCCAUCCAACACACUCCACUUAUCACAAUAUUUUCCCCCUUGCUUGCUGGACACACAGACUCCUCACACACAAUGAGACCCCCAAAGCCCCCUCUCCCUUUGGGAAAGGGAAGGCUCUCAGAAGAGAACUGCCCCUUAGAGGAGUUUGCUACAAAGAGGCUCACCCUCCCCUGUUGGCGAGACCCAUCCAGCCCUCACUUCCCUCUACAGCAUGUGCAGAAACUGCCUUCUUGACUGUUGGACCCCCUAUUUGUCAAUGUGCUAAAGCUUGGGGGUUUGAGACCCAUCAGCUACCUUUGCCUGGUUUAGCCGGACAGUGGAAGCUGUUUCCUGGGUUGUGGAUCCUGUCGCCUUUAGACAUCAUCUAGGAGCCGCAGGGGAGAGCUGAGUGCAGGGUGCGGACCAAAGGUGGACAGACUAUCCCAGAAAGAACACUGUGUGUCCUCCACCAGAGUGAAUGGUGAGCAAUGAUUGGCUGAGAGUUUGAAGAGUGGUUUGAAUGCUGGGAGGGAGUCGGUUGAGAGUCAGUUAGAGCCUGGAGAUCAGAGAGGGAAGAGCUGGGGGUGGAUGUGAAGCAGGGUUGGUUAGAUGAGUGGCAUAAGAAUAGAAUAAUGGCCUGGUUAGAGCUGUAAUAAAGUGACAGAUAAGAUACUGGGACAUUUGAAACCAUACACUUGUGUACUCGGAGGCGUCUUGAAGUCCUCAUUCAGCGUUUUUUCAUAAAUCAGUUGUAUUCUG